AUGCUCUCUAAUCGUGCAGGUGAUAAUAAUGCGUGGUUUCUGAAGCGAUUUGAGAGGGCUCUCAACCGCCAACGAUCAAGUCACUCGUCACGUAUCGAUCUUGCAACAGCGGAGAACUGGCUCAUCCGUCCUGAUCUUCUGAGGCUGCUCAGAAGAAACUGCUGGGAUUACCUUGAAACAAAGCAUCUCUCUUACGCAGGCGGCCUUGGUGGGGCACCAGAGCUGCUUGCUUCCAUUGCUAAGUUUUACAACUACUUCUUCUCACCGAGCCUUCCAGUCGAACCGCAGCACCUUGUAGUGGGCCCCGGCUGCAGCGCUAUUCUUGAUACAUUAAUCAAUGAUAUAUGCGACGCUGGAGAUGGGCUUCUGGUCGCGGCUCCCAUGUGGGGCAGUUUUGAGAUAUACGCGGUUCUCCGAAAUGGCGUGAAGAUCAUUCCUGUGCAUGUGCCUCUUCACGACGCGGAAACGGCCGAUACAGUCGUUUCAGCAUACCGGGAGGCCGCGGCGAAAGCGACCUGCAAGGUACGCGGUAUCCUUUUCUGCAAUCCACAUAAUCCGUUGGGCCACAUUUCCCCCGUGAAACUUAUCGAUGCUCUGCUUCAAUAUUGCCAGCAAGCGGAUCUCCAUUUUAUUUCGGACGAAAUCUACGCUCUGUCGACAUUUGGAACACUGGAGGAGGAGGUGGAUGAGCAUGGGGAGGUUCUCAGAUCCUCGUCAGCUGAAUUCUAUUCGGUGCUGCAACGUGAUCUCGUGGCACUGGGCGUAGAAUCGUCAAGAGUACAUCAAAUAUACAGCAUCAGCAAGGAUUUCGGCAGUAGUGGGCUAAGACUUGGAUGCCUUGUUACGCAAUCUAACAAGCAACUACGGAUGUCGCAGGCUAUUCUCAACAAUGCAAAGUUAUGCAACGUGGCCGCGGUCAUGGUCGCUCCCAUCCUUGACGACAUAGAGAACCUUGCGACAUUGGUGGAUACCAACAAACGCAGACUUCGCGACGCUGCACGAACUGCCAUCCAGUUCGCAGAAUUUCAUGGCUUGGACUACUAUAAACCUAUUGCUGGCCUCUAUGUAUGGGUCCGGUUAUCGGCUAGAUGCAAAACCUGGAGUGAGGAAGAGGACAUUGUUCGACGAUGCUCCCAAAAUGGCGUGUCAAUUGGCAGCGGGGCGGACUAUGCUGAGUCCAACCCAGGUUGGUUUCGCGUUACGUUUUCUGUCCCGCAAGCGGAACUGUUAGCCGGUUUACAACGCAUCGAGGAGGCAAUGGACUAUCCCAUCAGGUUUCGAAGCACCUUGGAACACAAGUUGAGGCCAAACUGGCGGCAAUGGCUGAAGCUUCCGAGCAUGUGGACAGGACCUGUAAGGUUCUAG